AUGGAAGAGCACGCUCAAGAGAUGGAUCACGUUAACAACGAGCUAGCAGACCUUCGAGGGAAUGUAGGAACAAUUAUGGAACUACUUCAGGUUAUCAAUGCAAAGAUGGAUACUCAGCCUACUGUGGUUUCUGAGAUUAACACUACCGCUGCCGUAGAUCCACCGGUUGUUUCAGUUGAGAACCCGUUUCCUUAUGGUCUUUCGCAGAGUUUCAUACAUCCGCCUAUUGUUACGUCAGUUCAACAAACUAUGCCGGUGGCACAAAGUGGUCAACAAGCCAUGCCCGUUAUACAGAACGUUCAACAGACUGUGCCUUUGGUUCCCGAGCCUCCAAAGGCGAUCCCUACCUUCACACAAGCUAAUGUCCAUACUCGGGUGCAGCCUUAUCUUAAUGAGCCUGUUUAUGAAAUUCUGGAUGAUAAUGAUGAAGGGUACCAGCCGCGUGAUAGGCUCUGUGAGGAGGUUGUUACUAUUGAUAAAAGAUUAAGAAAGAUGGAAGGAGACCAGAUCUUUGGUGCUGCUGCUAGAGACAUCUGUUUGGUUUCCGGUUUAGUUAUUCCGCCAAAGUUCAAGACUCCGAACUUUGACUGCUAUGAAGGGACUACAUGUCCGAAAAUCCAUUUGAUAAUGUACUACCGUAAGAUGGCUGCCCAUGUGGAAAAUGACAAGUUGAUGAUCCACUGUUUUCAAGACAGUCUGAAAGGUGCCUCGUCGAAGUGGUAUUUAACAUUGGACCAAUCUCGCAUCAAGUCUUUUUAA